AUGUCAGCAAAUGGAUGCCCCACAGAACGAAUAUCUUCGUUUGUAGACAGCUUCCUGCAACCACUGGUCAAAACAACGAGAUCCUUCAUCAAGGAUACAACACACUUUUUACGGGUAUUACGCGACAUAGGCCAACUCCCUGACGACGCACUACUGGUGACCCUGGACGUCACCUCCCUGUACACCAACAUCCCACAUUUAGAAGGGAAAACGGCUGUGGAACGCAUUUUAGCACCCCACCGCGACACCAAUACAAUACCCACCAACUUCUCACUUGUCCUGCUCCUGGAUGCAGUCCUCACUAUGAACAACUUUGAGUUCAAUGGGGAAAACUACCUCCAGACCGGAGGUGUUGCCAUGGGUACCAAAGUCGCCCCCUACCUAGCCAACAUCUUCAUGGCACAUUUCGAGGAGACGCACGUCUACACAUACCACCUACAACCCCUCACCUGGGUUAGGUUCAUCGAUGAUGUGUUCCAAAUAUGGACACACGGCCGCAGGGAAUUGGAUCUCUUUAUCCAACAUCUCAAUGAUUGCCACCCGACGAUCAAAUUCACGGCGGAAAUCUCCAGCCAGUCUGUGAAUUUUCUAGACACAGUAGUCAGCAUCAAUGAAGACCGUAAUAUCAUUACGUCCCUAUACUGCAAACCUACUGACGCGCACAACUACCUGCUGUUCUCCUCAGCACACCCGAGACAUUGCCUCAAAAGCACACCCUACAGUCAAUUUCUCAGGAUCCGCCGGAUCUGUAGCCUGGACACAGAUUUUGAGGAAAAUGCCGUCAUGAUCGGCCGCCACUUCAUGCGACGUGGCUACCCUGCACCACUUGUAGAGACAGCCCUCAUCCGGGCCUACCGCACCUCUAGAUCUGAUCUCCUCAGAGAUGAGGCCCCACUGGACACGGACGAUCAACCAGGGACGACUGAGGACAAUUUCUUCCUUAUAUCGACCUUUAUCCCGGGUUUCCAAGCAUUAUAG